GGCGCUUCAUUCAUUCACUCCUCGCGAUAGAGAAAAAUUGUGGAGAGAAUUUGUGCACACGGGAGUAACUGUUGUUUUUUUGAGACGUCGUUUGUUUUAUUUAUGCCUUGACUAAAAUGGAUGUAAGGCCCAAAAGAAGCUCAGAAAAAUCCUGUGCAUCUCUUCUGGAAAGUGACGAUGAUGAAGAAUCAGGAGCAGAGAGCUUCCUCACAGAUGAGGAGAUGGCUUAUCAACAGGGACUCGAUCCGGCUGAGGAUUUAGAUGACGAGCAACAAGAUGCAGAAGAGCCAAACACCUCUAGGAAAGAUCAUGGACAUGUGCAGCCUAAAGAACGAUCUCAUUCACCACACAACAGGGCCCAGGGAGCCAGGUCCAGGCAAGCACAGGGUUCACCAAGAGACCAGAAAAAAUCCAGAUCCAGAUCUCCGCUGGAGGCACGCCCACAGCCAAAACACUCAGCCGCCUCCUGGAAAUCUGAGACAGAACCUGAUGUACAUCCAGAGCCAAUGAAGUUUGCCCCAGCAAGACCUCCUGGUCAUCAACUGAACUCAAACACUAUAUACACUCCACUGGACCUUUUCAAACUGUUUUUCAGCAAUAGUGCAGUUCAGACCAUUUGUCAAAACACAAAUAAACAAGCUGCUAAAAACAUUACAAAAGGCAAAAAAUAUUCUUGGACCGACAUCAACAACAAGGAGUUUUUCAAGUAUGUGGGACUGAAUUUCUUCUUAUCUUUGGUGAAAAUGGAUACUAUCCAGGAUUACUGGAAAAAGAAUACUAUUUUCAGUGUGCCAUUUCCAGCCAAAGUGAUGCCACGGGACAGGUUCAGGGUGAUAUCUUGGAACAUCCACAUGAGCGAUCCUGAGAAAGAUGCUGAGAACGACAGAAAGAAGGGAACACCAGAAUAUGACCGGCUGUUUCGACUGAAGCCCCUUAUGGACACCUUCAAAGACGCUUGCAGAGCAUUUUACCAUCCUAGGCAGAACCUUUCAAUUGACACGAGGAUGGUGGCAACAAAGGGCCGAAAUGUAAUGCCAAGAAAUACCAAAGCCAAGCAGAAAUUCAAAUGCUUUGUUUUGGCAGACAGUAGCAAUGGCUACACCUUGGACUUUUCUGUGUACACAGGAAAGUCACAGUUUGCCCCAGGUGUUGGACUUGCAUAUGACUCUGUCAUGUCCCUGAUAAAGUCAACAUACCUGGGCAGUGGCUUUCAUCUGUUUGUGGAUGAUUUCUACACCAGUCCAAAACUCUUCAAUGAUCUGUUUAGCCUGAAUAUCGGAGCAUGUGGCACAUACAGAGAUAAUAGAAGAGGAUGUCCCCGCACAUACUCAAAUGCUCUGAAGAAAAAUGAUCCUACAGGCACCAUCAGGUGGAUCCGUGACGGUCCACUGGUUUUUGUGAAGUGGAUGGACACUCGUGAGGUGUCUGUCUGCUCUACAGUCCACGAGGCAUUCUCACGAAGCACUGUGCACAGGAGAAUGAAAACUAAGAAUGGCAACUGGACCACCAAAUCCAUCCCAUGCCCAACACCAGUUAUGGAAUAUAACAAGCAUGUGGGAGGGGUUGAUUUGUCUGACCAGCUGAUCCAGUCCUACUCCGUACAUCACAAGAGCGCGCACUGGUACCGGACAUUGUUCUUCCACUUCCUUGACAUUGCAGCCACAAACAGCUUCCUGCUGCACAAAGAGCUCUGCGGAGAGAAGCAGGAGGAACCUAUGACCUACAAGGCCUUCCUGCUGGAGCUGACAGCCCAGAUGUGUGGCGUCACAGCCGUGGUCCCUCCUGCGCAGGGACACAGUGGCCACUUACCCGUGGCAAUCUCUGAUCAACGUGAUGCAAGCAAGAAGGCCACAUAUGGACGCAGGAACUGUGUAAACUGCAAGGAGAAAAGGGGGGGGAGGCAGGUAACCCCCUGGAAGUGCAUGGAGUGUGACGUGGCCCUCUGUCUAAUUCUAGACAGGAACUGCUUUCAGGAUUGGCACAAGUAACACUUUACACACAAAAAACACUCGGAACUCUGAAAGAAAUAUAAAUAGUUUUUGAUAUUUGUUGGCCACAAUGUUUAUUUUUCUCUGAUCGCCAAGGCCUACGAGAACAAAAGUCUUGUGCACUGUAUACUAAAUAUCAGUGUGAUUCAAUUCCCAUUUUUGUUUUUCGGUUGAAUCUAUUGGUCAUAUAACUAUUAAUGCAUUCAUGUGACAGCACUGCAGCAUACAUAUUCUAGUAGCCCAGUUUGUCCUGAAAAAAAAAACACCAGUGCAACACGACUGGGCAUGACAGUGUUGAGGUUAUACAUGCGUUAUUACAAAAAGACACCAGGCGAACCAAAAAUAGGAAGAAAUGGCUUAGACCAAUAUGUGUGGGAGAAAGGGAGUGAGGUGUUAAAAUGAAAUUUAGGUCUCCACAGAUUGGAAUGUUUUUUCUAAAGCUUGGCAAAACACGCACACGAGUAGGAGGUUAAGACACACAGGAGGAGAAGGAGAGGACAGCCAGUUUGUCCAUACAUCCAGUGUUUAAUAACAGCCAGUCCUUCUGUCAAUCUAUUAAUCAAUCCGUCCAAACUACCUCAAGUGGUCAAUUUAAUCACAUUUGCAGGAGCAGCACAGUUUUUGUGUCUCAGUGUUGUUCCCACUGUGAGGCCAGAACUCUACAAGAUGCCUCUUUUAAAGAAGUAAUGUCCUCAUAAAUAAGGUUAGUCUGUGUUCAUCAGCACAUUCUGUGAUAGAGGGUUGAAAUGUAUUUUAAUACUCUAUGGCAGAAUUCCUACAGUUACUUUUGAGAUUUCUCAAACAAAUGCCCAAUGCAAAGAGAGUGAAAUACCCUUUUCCACCAAAAUUAGCACACAUACACAGGUUUUUUAAACACAGUAAAACCCCCUAAAAACAGGCUAUAGAAUCCUUUCUUAUUGCCUUAUUGUGUGUGUGUUUUUUUUCUUGUGUGUCACGUUCGACGUCACAGAGAGGCCAGAACAGGUAAACAGUAGGGAACAGCAUGGAGGCCUGUAAAAAUGUUGCAGUAGUUUCUUCUUUAUAUAUUUCUCUAACUUAUUCUGUCUCUUCUUCAAAGUAUGUGCAGACUAACUUGGAACGAUGUUUGGGCGCUGUUUGGAAGUUGAUGGACGGUAUUCUGUGAUGGAGCAUCAUUGCAUCUUGCCAAUAAAGGGGUUAAAAUUAACGUGUUCAGCUGGUUGUUGUGUUCGGAGCUGGAGCUGUCAAAUACCUGUGACUAAAGCAGAUUCAAUUCGGUUGUGAGUGCUGAUUGUAGCCUUCCCAUCACAUACAAAACCAAGAUAUUAACGGGUGUUAGUGGGGGUUUUUGUGCGGUGAUAAAGGGGCUAUAGCGAUAAUAUAAUAGGAGCAGGAGAGCCACACAUUUCACAUUUAGGGUAAAGCAAAAUACUUUUGUUAAGGUUGUGUCCUUAUGAUAUAUCUCUUCAUGUAUGACUGUCUAAUUUGGGUACACCAUGACUCUAGGCAAAAAACAGGACAUCUUCACUUUUCCAAUAUUUAACCAAAACCAUACAAGUUCCCUAAUGUUAACCAUCUUUUGUUGAGGCCUAAACCUGACCUUUUGUUAGACUGAGGCAGGCUUUGUAGCAAGUCAGGACGGUAUCCUUGUGAAAUCCAGCUGCCUCGCAAAGCAACGUGAUUUGUGCAGACCAGAGUUGGGUAUAACGCGUUACAAACUUUUUGCUGUAACGAGUAACCUAACGCGUUAGUUUGCUGUUUGAGUAAUCAAAUACUUAAGUACAUUUUCAAACAAGACAUCAGUUACUUCCGUUACUUUUAGAACGCUGGUCCUUCAGCUCAGAAACAGCAACAGCUGUCGUUUGGUUCUAAUAACGGAGAUAACGUUAAACCUAUCAGUCUGAAAGAAGCCACGGAGCUUGU